AUGAAGAAAUCUACCUUCUUCAAAUUAGUAUCACUGUUAUGUUUAAUACUAGUCAUAAUACCUAUAUCAUUAGUACCGGCCGAAGACACAACAGCAACAGAGGAUGUUGGUACAGAAGCUGAACAAUUUGCUGAAGAAGAUAAAAUACAAAAAGAAAGAAUUGAAAUAAAAAACCAACUUGAAAAUUAUGUUUAUACAACCAAAAGUCAAAUAGAAGAUAGCGAUAGUGAACUUGGAAAGAAAAUCAGUGAAGAAGAUAAGAAAACCAUCAAAGAUGCGAUUAAGAAAACUAUUGAUUGGCUUGAGGAAUUUUCAAGUUCUGCUACUAAAGAAGAUCUCGAAGAAAAAAUAAAUGAACUACAGGCUAUUGUAAAUCCAAUUACAAGCAAAUUGUAUUCAUCAGAUGAACAACCAACAACCAGUGACGAGGAUGAAUUACCAACACAUGGAGAAUUAUAA